AUAAAAAUAAUACAACUUGAACUUUCAGAUUCACAGUUUGCUAAUUUGCUAAAUCUCAUUAUACGAGAGUUUCAAUAGAAUUGACAUUAUUUCUUUUUGUUUGUAUUCCACUUAAGUAUAAAUUAUGACUUCAAUUAAAGACGUCGCUACCCUAUACCAAAAUCUUAAAACGGAAUGGGCAAAAAAGCCUCCAAAACUCGACAAAUGCGGUGAACUUCUUAAUAAAAUAAAGAUAGCACUCACUCAUCUAACAUUUUUACCAAGCAAUAACAUAGCAGCCAAUCAAAAGGAACUUAUUUUGGCAAGGGAUGUUCUGGAAAUAGGAGCGCAAUGGGCAGUUGCUGCUAAAGAUAUUAAAGGAUUUGAAAGAUACAUGUCACAACUCAAGUGUUACUAUUUUGAUUACAAAGAUCAUUUGCCAGAGUCAGCAUUUAUGUACCAGCUCCUGGGUUUAAAUCUACUCUUUCUGCUGUCUCAAAAUCGUGUGGCUGAAUUCCACACAGAACUUGAAAGAUUACCAGUUGAUGUGAUUAGAGCUGAUCCUUAUGUGAAACACCCCUUGGCUUUGGAGCAAUACCUCAUGGAAGGCAGUUAUAAUAAGAUAUUUUUGGCAAAGGAUAAUGUGCCAGCAGAGAGCUACACUUUUUUUAUGGAUACACUUUUGGAAACUGUGCGAGGAGAAAUAGCUGCCUGCAUUGAGAAGGCUUAUCAAAAGAUUCCGGCAUCAGAGGCAGCAAGACGACUGAACUUAAGUUCACAGCAAGCUGUACUUGAAUAUGGCAAAAAGCGGAAUUGGGUGCUGGGUGCUGAUAACAGUUAUUUGUUUAAUGCAAGUGAAGAAACAUGUGCUGCAGCAGCUGGUGUUUUUCCUUCCAAUGAACUUGCUGAACAAACAAUUGAAUAUGCAAGACAUCUAGAAAUGAUAGUUUAAAUUAAUAUAUAAUGUAUUAUUGUACUGAUCUUUAUUAGGUAUAUUGUAAUAUUUUCUCAAUCAAUUUAUUUGUUAGAACACAUUUAAUUGAUCUUUUCAGAAGUUUUAAAAACAGUGUAUUUAUGAAGGCAGGAUAAAAAUAAAUAAGUAAAAACAUUA